AUGCUUCUGAAGCUGGUCUCCCUGCUGCUGGCCGCCGAGCUACACCUCGCUCUGGCCCAGCCGCCGGCACCUGCCGACUACGGAGCGCCGCCGCCCGCUGCCGCCGCCCUACCGCCUCCCGGGCCCCGACCCGGCCCUCCCCCCGGGCCGCCCCGCGGGGCCAGCGGCGUCGUGAGGCGCCUCGACCCGACCUACGCGGGGGGCGGUAAGGCGGGCUACGUCCUCUACGCCGGGGGCCAGCGCUUCCUCCUCGACCUGGAGCGCGACGAGGCGGUGGGGGCGCGGGCCGGCGGGCCGCCGCGCUGCUACUACCGCGGCACGGUGGACGGCAGCCCGCGUUCCCUGGCCGUCUUCAACCUCUGCGGCGGCCUCGACGGCUUCUUCGCCGUGGGCCGCUCCCGCUACACCGUCAGGCCGGCACGGCGCGGAGCGGAGGCGGGCGGCCCGCGGAUCUACGGUGAAGGUCCGGCCCGCGCCCCGCACCUCUUCCGCAGGGACCGCUUCAGCUUCGAGACGGUGCCGGCCCGCACCAGCUGCGAGACCCGCGACCCGGCCGGCGUGGCGGCGGUGGCGGCGGGGGACGAGCGGCGGCGGCGGCGGCGGCGGCGUCGCUCCGUCUCCCGGGCCCGGCAGGUGGAGCUGCUGCUGGUGGCCGACGCCUCCAUGGUCAGCAAGUACGGGAAGGGACUGCAGCACUACCUGCUCACCUUGGCCUCCAUCGCCUCCCGGCUCUACGCCCACGCCAGCCUGGAGAACCACGUCCGUCUGGCCGUGGUGAAGGUGGUGGCCCUGAGCGAGAAGGAGAAGGGGCUGGAGGUCAACAGGAACGCCGCCACCACCCUCAAGAACUUCUGCAAGUGGCAGCACCAGCACAAUCGCCUCGAUGACGACCACGACGAGCACUACGAUGCCGCCAUCCUUUUCACCCGCGAGGAUUUAUGUGGGCAUCAUUCAUGUGAUACUCUGGGAAUGGCAGACGUUGGGACCAUAUGCUCUCCUGAGCGCAGCUGUGCAGUGAUUGAAGAUGACGGCCUCCAUGCAGCUUUUACAGUGGCUCACGAAAUUGGGCACUUGCUUGGGCUUUCCCAUGAUGACUCCAAAUUUUGUGAGGAGAACUUUGGCUCCAUGGAAGACAAGCGCCUGAUGUCCUCCAUUCUGACUAGUAUCGAUGCUUCCAAGCCCUGGUCCAAGUGCACUUCAGCAACUAUAACAGAAUUUUUUGAUGAUGGUCAUGGUAACUGUUUGUUGGACCAACCAAGAAAGCAGAUCCUGGGCCCCGAGGAGCUUCCGGGACAGACCUAUGAUGCUAUUCGCCAGUGCAAACUGGCGUUUGGACCCGAGUACACAGUGUGUCCUGGUAUGGAUGUGUGCUCUCGCCUCUGGUGUGCAGUAGUGCGCCAGGGUCAGAUGGUUUGUCUGACUAAGAAGCUGCCUGCUGUGGAGGGAACACCAUGUGGAAAAGGGAGGAUCUGCCUCCAGGGAAAAUGUGUUGACAAAACCAAGAAGAAAUACUACUCAGCUUCAAGCCACGGUAACUGGGGGUCCUGGGGUCCCUGGGGACAGUGCUCCCGUACGUGUGGCGGUGGGGUUCAAUUUGCGCACCGCCACUGCAACAACCCGGCUCCCAGGAACAACGGCCGGUACUGCACCGGCAAGAGGGCCAUCUACCGCUCCUGCAACGUCACCCCCUGCCCACCCAACGCUAAAUCUUUUCGACAAGAGCAGUGUGAAGCAAGGAAUGGCUAUCAAUCUGAUGCUAAGGGUGUCAAGACGUUUGUUGAAUGGGUCCCCAAGUAUGCUGGAGUACUUCCUGGAGAUGUUUGCAAGCUCACCUGCCGAGCCAAAGGAACUGGUUAUUAUGUGGUGUUUUCUCAGAAGGUAACCGAUGGCACUGAGUGCCGGCCAUACAGCAACUCGGUCUGCGUCCGGGGAAAGUGCAUCCGAACUGGCUGUGAUGGCAUCAUCGGCUCAAAACUCCUGUACGACAAGUGUGGGGUGUGUGGAGGAGACAAUUCCAGCUGCACAAAAGUCAUGGGAACUUUUACCAAAAAGAGCAAAGGCUACACAGACGUUGUGAAAAUCCCAGAAGGGGCAACCCACAUCAAGGUUCGCCAGUUCAAGACUAAGGACCAGAGCAGGUUCACUGCCUACCUGGCCCUGAAGAAGAAAAAUGGUGAGUACCUCGUCAAUGGAAAAUACAUGAUCUCCACUUCGGAAACAAUCAUCGACAUCAACGGGACCGUCAUGAACUACAGUGGCUGGAGCCACAGGGAUGAUUUCUUGCACGCGAUGGGACACUCUGCCACCAAAGAGGUUCUCAUUGUGCAGAUCCUCGCAACGGAUCCUACCCAGCCGGUGGACGUGCGCUACAGUUUCUUUGUGCCAAAGAAGCAGGGGCAAAUGACUAACUCCGUCACCAGCAGUGGCAGCGGCGGCAGCGGCAAAAUGACUCCUCAGCUCACGCAGCCCCGCUGGGUUACAGGGCCGUGGCUUUCUUGCUCUCGAACGUGCGACACGGGAUGGCACACCAGGACCGUCCAGUGCAAAGAUGGGCAUGGAAAGCUAGCUAAGGGAUGUCUUCUCUCUCAGAGACCGUCAGCAUUUAAACAGUGCUUGCUGAAAAAGUGUUAACCUGUGGUUGGGAUCUUCUUUAAAGGAGGUUUGAUUAAGCCAUUGUUGACAUACUGGUAUUAGGUCUGCCCAGACAGAGAGAAGCAAAGGCUUCAAUGUACUUACAUACAGUCUCAAAUUAUGGGCAGAAUCUGCCUAUUUGGACCAAAUGAAGAUGUGCACUGCUUUAAAUAAUAGUAGAGUGAUCUUAAUAGGUCAAAAAAACCCGAAGUGUUAAAAGUUUUGAUAAGCCCUCGGUGUCUGCAAAAAUAUGACAUAAAAUAAUGCAAAGGAAGAAAAACUAGUGAAUGGAGGAUCCUGGGAUAGUUGAAGAUUGCAGAGUCAUCUCCCCUUUUUCACCUACCUCUAAUACAGUAUGUCCUUAGAAAAUGUCAUGUGUACCCAUGAUACCACAG